CGUUCCUCUUUCUCAAUCGGUGGUGGACUGGUAGCGGACCUGCCGAUGGCGUCGACAUCGGCGGCGCUGGAGAAGGCUCGCCGGCUACUGGAGGAGGCGGCAGGCGAGUCGCUGCCUACGGAGCAGGUUGACGCGCUGCCCUCCGGUUUCUACGACGCCUUCGUGCUCUGCGGCAUCCGCGUCCACGCCGUCGAGCCCGGUCGCCUCCUGUGCCACUUCACCGUCCCCUCCCGUCUCCUCAACUCGGGCAGCUUCCUGCACGGUGGUGCAACCGCGUCGCUCGUUGACUUGGUGGGCUCUGCUGUCUUCUACACCGCUGGGGCACAGACCAGGGGUUCGCCACUAGAGAUGAACAUCGCCUACCUGGAUGCUGCAUUUUCGGAUGAAGAGAUUGAUAUCGAGGCCAAGGUUCUGCGUGCUGGAAAAGCAGUAGGAGUGGCUACUGUGGAACUAAAGAAGAAAUCUGGCAAAAUCAUCGCUCAAGCCCGCUACUCCAAGUAUCUUGGUCCGUCCAGUAAACUUUGAAGGUGUCUUUUCCUUGUAAAGCUGGAGUCCUGUAAUUGCCCUUGUUUACUAGGCAAUCUCUAUGUAAUAGAAUAAUGUUGUCUACUUGUCUUGGAAACGAAGGCAUGAUCUACCAAAAAACGAAGAUAUGGGAAUUAGUUCACAAUUGUGUU